AAUCCAGUAUUUCCAUGAUAAAUAUAUCAUUCACAAAUAUCCUUUCCAGAGCCAUUACCCACUUACCAAUUGAAACAAUACUUCAUAAAUAUUUAAUGUCCUUAUAUAGAAAUCAAAUAAAGAUUAGACUAAGAAUACAGAAAUAAUUAAAAGAGCACUUUUAUGAAAAUAAUCAUUCACCAACAUUUACAAUAUGGGGCUGGUCUUGAGGCUAGCAAUUCUGGAUUACAAAAGUCUGGAUGUUUACCUCAAAACAAAGAAUUGUUUCUGAUCAUCAUCUGCUACAACCAGUUAAGCCCAAACUACUUUUACCAAAUAAUUACUAAAGGUAUUCCUCACUUAACAAUCAUUCACUUAGCAACAAUUCAAUGUUUCAACAGCAUUGAAUAGUACAACAUAUUUGUAUUCUGAAUCAAGGGAUUAUAGGGUUGUAAAAAGAAAAAAAAGUAUCCUGCUUUUAUUACUUUUACAAAUAAUACAAGAUGCUGAACAUAUCCAACACCACCUUUCUCUUCCUAUUUUCCCCACAACAACAACCCUGAGAGGUGAGUUUGGCUAAAAGGUAUGACUGACCCAAGAUCACACAGCUGGCUUUCAUGGCUAUGGUAGGACUUGAAUUAACGGUCUCCUGCUUUCUACCCUGGUGCCUUAAACAUUAGACCAAACCAGCUCUCAAAUGUGUCUUUGAAAUUACCAUUGCAGGGUCUUCUCGUUUACAUGAUCAAAAUUUGGGUGUUGGGCAGUCUGCCUGCAUUAAUGACAAAAGUGUGCUUCAACGCCCCCCCCCCCACUCAUCUAUCUUGCUGCCAUCUCUGCUCUUUUGACCUGCACUCUGCUGUCCUAUCACCCUGCCACAUACUACAUCUGCUGACCUUCGCCAACUUCUUCCUCCUGAUGCUGACAGGAAAACUUGGUCUGGUCCUCCAUAUAGCAGUUGCUGGUUGCAUGAGCCUUGCCAUGGAGUCAAGCGAUGUGUACACCAAAAGUAUAAAGAAGAAGAUGGUGAAGCUCAAUUGGGACUGCAGAGUGAAAGGCGCAUUACUCCAAGCCUUCAAAUUUGGAUUUCUUACUUGAUGGAAUAUAGGUACAGUAUAUAUUUUCCAUUUCAAUAUUAAGUAAUGCAGUUUCUUUAAUAUUGAUCUUCUGAACUACAGUUUGUCAUAAUUUCUACUCUAUCUUAAUAAAUGCAUUAUCAACACUGCCCACCAGUCAUGAAUGAGUAAAUGCAAUCCCCACAAAACUUGAGUUAUUACCAGAUAUAUCUUUUUCUGUAAAAAUAUAAAACAUGCUAAAUUUAAAUAUAAUUAAGCUUAAAUAUUGUUGAAAUUAUAUUUAAACUAAUUACUUAUGGCUAGGACAGCCCUUUCUCAAUAAAGUAUUUUUGGCUUCUCAACACUGGAAAAUUGAAAAUAUCAUCACAACAGAUUAUUGGCAGUAGGGAAAUUCAAAUUUUUAAUUUUUGGGGACUUAAACUCAAAAUGCAAAAUUAAUCCAAAUUUACAGAAAAGUUCAAGGCCUUGGAAACAUAAAAUGGAUGUCUAAAAUGUGUUCAGAGUUUUUAAAAAAUAACUUUGGGAUGCUGGAAUCCAUAUAGAGCCCAUACCAUUCUUCACCUCUGGUACAGAAAAGCUAACCCUGAAAUAGUCAAAAUAUAAAUAUGGAAGUCUUCCCUCUUUCCAUACAUUAAUUUAAUGUAUAAUACAUUCAAGGUGCCUAAAUAUCUUUCUGUGUGUCUGUGUGUAUGCGCGCAUGUGCGCAUAAAUGAAAAAUCUAAAAAAUAUGGAAAACUUCAAGAAGCUUUCUUUUCAUAGCUAUUUCCAUGUCACCAUGCAACCAGCUUCAUAAUACUUUAGUAUAAUCAAAAUUUAUGGUAACAUUUAUUGUUAAUGAUAUAAUAUUUACAUCUUAGCUAUGUAACAAAUAUUAUGACAAUGACAAACAAAAAUAUCUAAGAAAUGGCAAGGGGAGGUACUGCUGUAAGCACCAUUCCUAAGUUUUUAUUGUAGGUUUCCUUGAGGUCUUUACUGAAUCAAAAGACUGUAUACAGGCUAUGUGUUUCCAAUCUAACCUUAAAGGUAGUUUUUAUGUGCAAUUGGACUUAUUCAGAUGGGAGAAUGGCCAGAUAGCCAUGAAAAAAUAUUUGCUCACCAGCAGUAAUCUCAACAGUAAAUUGUUUACCAAUUAUGGAGAAAAUUCAUUGUGAAAUUCAUCAAUCUUAUUAUGUACCACAUGGUUUUGAAGUCAUGAAAGAUAUAUGCUCUAAUAUAAUCCUUCACACUUCUUUAAACAUUGAGACAUCAAUGUUGGGACAUCAUACAAGAAAUAUUUGACAUCACAUCAGGUAGACUUUGAGGACACUAAAGUGAAAUAUUCACAUUACAGUUGCUUCACAAAGAUAAUUAACUGCCACUUUGUAAUCCUGCUUCCCUAUUUAAUAUGUAAUAGUCUCAUUGAGCUUGUCUGUACAAAAGGCAGAGCCAAAUAUCUAUGAAAAAAGAUGAAGCCUGUAAUACAACAGACAAAGGUGGAUAACUGUAUCCAUGGUAAGAAAAGUGGUCUUAUUAUGUAAUAAACAAGAUUGGUGGUUAUAGCCAUGGUGAGGAGAUAAAGUUAUCAGGAAAGAGCUUAUCAUGUAGCAAGCAUAGGGACUUGGGCUUACUACUGAAGACCAAAAAGAGCCCAACCUCUUCUAGAAGACAAGAACAAAGCCGUUACUGUUCGUACCAAAGAUGAAGGUAGAUGACAGAACUUCAAAGAGAAUGAUACUGCUGUUCAUCAGACUAUUUCUUACUUUUAUUCCAUCUGUGUUAGCUCAGAACCCUGGAGUCUUCCACAUCAGGCCAGAAAAAGGAGGUGAUUACUGUUUCCUUUUCCCUUCACAAUGGAUAAAAUCAUAUCAGGAAGACAACAAGAAACACUGGUUUGACCUUCAACCAUUUACUCAGAACUUCACUUAUUCAGCUAUGUGUUGCUUGCCUUCAUUCUUUGGGGAAGAUGACAAUGAUGGUGGUGGAUUUAGUACAAGAAUUGCAUCUAUCAGACAGGGAAAUUGCAAUCUCUUUCAGAAUGCAAGACUCCAUCAGAUUAAUAGUACAGAGGGGCUUCUGAUACUUGGUGGAGACGCUCCAUAUCCAAUGAAAAGCUUGAGAUCUGGAUACAACUGGGGUCACUGUGAAGAGAUUAGUCUCCCAGGAUUUAUGCUCAGUGAUGUGGAUAUCCUUUAUUUAGUCUUCAAAAAUCUGAUUAGAAAUUUGUUACACAAAACUGGAAUAAUCUACUUGAUGGUAAUGAGCACAGUCACCAUAGGAAGCUACUGGGCAGGAAGCACAGAGAAGAAAAAACAAGACAAUAUAAAAAGUCAGGGCCAAACACAAGAUUUUGAUGAGAUAUUAAUUGAUACCAAUAUCUGCUUCACGUGUACCUGUAUGGUAAUGGGCACCUUCAUGCUUCUUUCUCUCUAUUGCUUCUAUGAUUAUAUGAUGCAUGCAAUGAUUGGCAUUUUCUGUAUUUAUGCAUCUUUUAGCCUAUACUGGUGUUUGACUCCAUUUGUGAACAAACUCCCAUUUGGGCAACAUUUAGUCCAUUUUCCAUAUUUUCAUAAAGAUCUAGAAAUCAGAGCACUGCUUCUAGCAAUGCUGUGUUUGUCUGUCAAUGCAACCUGGAUUAUUUUCCGAAAUGAAAAUUGGUGGAGCUGGGUUUUGCAAGAUGUUUUAGGAAUUUCAAUUGGCAUUUACCUUCUGAAAACAGUUCACAUGCCUACCUUAAAAAACUGCAGCUUGUUUCUGUUCACUCAUUUGUUUUAUGAUAUACUUUGCCUGUUAGUCACACCUUUUCUAACCAAAACAGGUAAAGACAUUACAGAUAUGACAAUUUUUGGGUCAUCUAACUCAGAAGAGAUCCCUUUUCUGUUGAAAGUACCAAUAUUACCAUCAACAUCCUUUCUGGAUAAUGCUUCAUUUACUGCUAUAGGCCUUGGAGAUGUUGUACUUCCUGGUUUCUUGGUAGCCUACUGCCACAGAUUUGAUGUUCAAGUUGAGUCUCCAGGGAUCUAUUUCCUAGCUUCUAUUCUGGCAUACAGCUAUGGCCUGUUGGUGACUUUUGUGGUAGCAACAUUCCUACAGGCAAGUCAAUCAACUCUUCUAUAUUUAGUGCCUUGUAUACUCAUCACUACAUUGACUGUUGCUGCUUUUCGCAAAGAAAUAGUACUGUUUUGGACAGGUAUUGAAUCUGAAAAUGAGAUUAUUCAACCUUCUUCACAAAAAGUCAUCAAGCAUUCAAUUACACUGAAAAAGUCAGAGGAACAGCUUCAUGAAUUAGAAGAGGAAAAAGAUAUUAUUACUGUCACAUUCCACCUAGAAGAGCUUAAUAGUGACAACAUAUUCACAAAGCAAUUAUCUGACCAAAAGAAAGACACAAAGAAGAUGUAUUGCACAUUAAGCCACGCAGCACUCCUCAAUCAACAUCUGGUGUACCAAGAGCUGAUUGGAGAUGCUGAGCAGCAAUGUCUGCUUGGAAAAAACAACCUCUCAUCUAUACAAAUUUGCAACAAUCUGGAUGAUUCAGAUUGAUCAAAUGCAAGUCCAUUAAACUUCCUUUGGGGCAGAAAUCACUACACUGUCAUUUUUGUUGUGAAAAUCAGUAAUUCUGAAUCACUACAUAUCUACUGAAGUCACUACUAGUGUCACUAACAUAACCAAGAAACAGAGCUUGAGAGAAAUCUAUGGCUAAAGGGCCCAGCUACACAGAUAGCUGGGAUAAUAACAGGGUUGACUUUUAUUAUCUGGAGUUAUCAGGAACAAAAAUAAUGCUUAGGGAUCCAUCACUCCCCCCCCCCGCCCCGCAGAAACAACAAUUACACUUGGCUUCUAAAUGACAUUCCAGAGCCAAACUCCAAGACAAAAUGUAAACUGCAUUUAACUUAUGUUUAAAUUUAAAAUUGAUUGUAGCUAAUAGUAUUGUUAUAUAUUUAAUAAUUUUUGUGUUGUCUCUAGAAGUCACAUCAUGUGCAUGUGCAUCUGAGCUUUCAAUCGGAUACUACUGCAAAAUCUGUUCCCUAUUCAUGAUGUUGUGAUCUCUAUACCAUGCAUGAACAGGAACUACACAAAGAGGUGCAAGUUGUAUCUUAUCUUCAGCUAAAAGACUCCUAUUAAUUCUAUUUCCACAUAUAAUAUGCAUUUUGUCAAGUUUUACUCCUUUGGUAAAUACAGAUGGCAGAAUACCUGUCAAUUUGACAUUGAAACAUGCUAAGUUACUGUUAACAUUAACAUAGGGGAAAGGAGAUGAACAUUGUUAAAUUUAGUUACUCAAAGACUGUCACAGUCAUCUGACAAGAUUUAAUUACAGCUUUUAAAACUCCCCGUAUUUGAAUUCAAUAUACUCUUAGAUAUUUUAUGGAAGAAUACAUUUAGUAGAAUUAAAUGGAAGCCAGUAUAACAAUUACUCAAUGAAAAAUAAAGCAGAAAACGGGUUUUUUUACCACACGUAAACUAGAAUAAUGAUGAGGAAUCACCAGUUUGCAUGCUGCUUGUAAUAUGCAGUACCUCUGUACCUUUCCUAAUUUUUUAAAAAAAGCUUUUCAACAUAAUGAAGAUCUCUCCUCAUCUUAUUCUCGAAUAUACUGCAUAUUUGGACUUGCUUGUAAAUAUAUGCAGUACUCUUUCUCUUUAUUCUAAAUUUAAUUCUGUCAAUCAGUCAUUUGUAGAACACUGCUAGGUAUUUUUAAUGAAAACCGAAAACCAAAAAUGUUAUCAAAGAAUUUAUUUUGCUCAACCACAUUGCUGCAGAAAUACUUAUAAAACUUUACAUAGUGCCAACAUUUUACAAAAUCUUAUACUAUUGACAUAUGCUUAUAAAUGGAGAACUUGUAUUCUCCUUUUUCUUGGCAACUUUGGUGACACUUCAUAAUGAUUCAGACUUCAACCCAAAUAGUUGUUUAAUCCUAUAAUCCUUUUGGCAUAGCCUAGUUUUUCAGUGCCACAAGUUAAAAUUUCUGCCUUUUCAUCAGCCAUCUGAGAAAAUAUAUAUUUUAUAUUUUUAAAUUAUUGAUCAGUUUGACAGCUUAUUCCGCUAUUUAUUCCAAUAUUUAUAAAUUAUCUCUUCACUCAAAACAGCUGAAAGCAAUGAACAAACUCAUAAAACAAUGAAAACAUUUUAGAAAGGGGAUUCCAAAGCCAAGAUGCUGGCAUAGAUAAAAUUUUGUUAUGUAUUUCCAUCAAUUUAACCUUUUAGCAUUCAAGCCUUCUAAAGCAGAUUUAAAGUGAUAGCAAGUUUCAUAUAUCUUGACCUUUAACCAAUUAGCUUAUUUAAACACAUAUGAACUGGCCUAAAAACAAACUCAAAGCCAUUUUUUUUAUUCAAGAGUAGUUUACAAGGUAUAAAAUUCACAAAAUCUUCCUGCACCAAAACCCAAUCCAACUACCACAUUUAGGUGCUACCGUUUCCCCAAAAAUAAGUGUAAGUAUAAUCUUUAUUGUCAUUGUACUUAAAUACAACUGAAUUGGUUUUAA